CGGCCCCCUCCCGGCUUCUCUCUGUCGCUUGCCUUGCUCUCCGGUCAGAGGGCCGGAGCGAGAAGAUGGCGAAGACGUACGAUUAUCUGUUCAAGCUGCUGCUGAUCGGCGACUCAGGGGUGGGCAAGACCUGCCUCCUAUUCCGCUUCUCCGAGGACGCCUUCAACACCACCUUCAUCUCCACCAUCGGAAUUGAUUUUAAAAUCAGAACGAUAGAACUGGAUGGAAAGAAAAUUAAGCUUCAGAUAUGGGACACAGCGGGUCAGGAGAGAUUUCGAACCAUCACAACAGCCUACUACAGAGGAGCCAUGGGAAUUCUGCUGGUGUAUGACAUCACAAACGAAAAGUCCUUUGACAAUAUUAAAAACUGGAUCAGAAACAUUGAAGAGCACGCCUCUUCAGAUGUGGAAAGAAUGAUCCUGGGUAACAAAUGUGAUAUGAAUGACAAAAGACAAGUGUCAAAAGAAAGAGGGGAGAAGUUAGCAAUUGACUAUGGGAUUAAAUUCUUGGAGACAAGUGCAAAAUCCAGUACGAACGUAGAAGAGGCAUUUUUUACACUUGCACGAGAUAUAAUGACAAAACUCAACAGAAAAAUGAAUGACAGCAAUUCAUCAGGGGCAGGUGGACCAGUGAAAAUAACAGAAAACCGAUCAAAGAAGACCAGUUUCUUCCGUUGCUCGCUACUUUGAUGGACUCUUUCUGAGAGACUGCAGCACACCUAGAGGACCCUUUCCUGCUUCUCUGAAAGCACAGGCACCAAGCCUCAGAAUCAUCCCGCCCGGCUGCUACUGAGAGCACUGUUGAACCUAGACCUCCCGACACAGAACGCGCAGUGGAUUCCAGCCUCACGGCGCAUCAAGACAACUGGCUUCUUUUUUCAAAUGUGGAAGCAAUGAAGUGGAGACACGUGCCGGACUUAACUUGUUUCUCCUUUGUGUUAUUGUGUGUUGCAGAAGCUGCUGUCUUUCUUUUUUUCACUUUGCACAUCAGUGUUAGCCUUCCUGUGUUACAGCACAAUCUGAGAUUCAUAUCUGCACACUUUUGUCUGGUGAGGUUCUAGACAAAUUUGUGCGUUUGGGGACGUUUAAAAAAAGAGUGGAACGUUUAAAGCAGAGGCUAAUAUGCUAAAAUUAAAGGACGUUUGGUCUGGUUCCUAUGGCCAA